CCAUCGACACUCCCUGAGUGGGUGGCCUGAAGCGGCUGCCAGCUCAGACACGGCUCGGCGCGGCUCCGCUGGGAGGGGACGACACAACCUGCUUUCCCCUCAUCAACUUUGCCAACUCAGCGAACAGCUGUAGCACACCAGUUUGUGGCUGCUUAUUAGCUACGUGUCUGAAAGUGUCGUGCUAAGAGGUGAUGCUGGGGGUAGCUGGAAUGACGGGCAGCAUUGCUAAUGCCCUGGCCAGUGCAGCCUGUGAGCGGUGUAAGAGUGGCUUUGCUCCGACUGAGAAGAUUGUCAACAGUAAUGGAGAACUGUACCACGAGCAGUGCUUUGUGUGCGCACAGUGUUUCCAGCAGUUCCCUGAGGGACUCUUCUAUGAGUUUGAAGGAAGAAAAUAUUGUGAACAUGACUUCCAGAUGCUCUUUGCCCCUUGCUGUCACCAGUGUGGGGAGUUCAUCAUCGGUCGUGUCAUUAAGGCCAUGAACAAUAGUUGGCACCCUGACUGCUUCUGCUGUGACAUUUGCCAGGCUGUGCUCGCAGACGUGGGGUUUGUCAAAAAUGCUGGCAGGCACCUGUGUCGCACGUGCCAUAACCGCGAGAAAGCUCGUGGCCUGGGCAAAUACAUCUGCCAGAAGUGCCAUGCCAUCAUUGAAGAGCAGCCGCUGAUCUUUAAGAAUGACCCCUAUCACCCAGACCACUUCAACUGCAACAACUGUGGCAAGGAACUGACAGCUGAAGCCAGGGAACUGAAGGGAGAGCUCUUCUGUUUGCCAUGCCACGACAAGAUGGGUGUACCAAUCUGUGGCGCUUGUAGGAGACCCAUCGAAGGACGUGUUGUCAAUGCCAUGGGCAAGCAGUGGCAUGUGGAGCAUUUUGUGUGUGCCAAGUGUGAGAAGCCGUUCCUCGGUCAUCGGCAUUAUGAGAGGAAGGGGUUGGCUUACUGCGAGACUCAUUAUAACCAGCUCUUUGGCGAUGUGUGCUACCACUGCAACCGUGUGAUUGAAGGCGAUGUGGUGUCUGCUCUCAACAAGGCCUGGUGUGUCAGCUGUUUCUCAUGCUCCACCUGCAACACAAAACUCACUCUCAAAGAUAAGUUUGUUGAAAUUGACCUGAAGCCGGUGUGCAAGCACUGCUAUGAGCGCAUGCCUGAGGAGCUGAAAUGCCGCCUGGCUCGACGUGAGCGUGAUGCCAAAGACCGCAAGAAAAAACCUGCUGUGUGUCUGUAGAGUUAAUAUUCUUUACAACUCUCCACUCCUCCCGUUGGUUGGUGCUAUCUCUGCCUUUUCUUUUUCUGUGGUGUUCCUUGUUUGACAGUGGAGCAUGAUGUCAUUAUUUGUCAUUUAUUUUGGAACGUAAAACCAAGACCCUGCAGUUGUUGUGUAUUAAUGGCGUUUGUGCAAAACCUGUUAAGUAUACAUUUAUAUCAAACUUAAGUUUGGCUUUAACAGAAAGGUUCAAUUGAUGCUCAUGAGUAAGGCUGCAGCCUGCACCUAACAGUCACUUUCAUUAUCGAUUAAUCAAUCGAUUUUUUCGUUGUUUGGUCCAAAAAAAUGUCAGGAAAUGGGAAAAAACCCUUAUUAGUGACUCUAAGGUGACACCAUGAUGUAUUGUGUAAUUAAUACAUCAUGAUAGUCAUGAUGCAUCUGUGAUAGUCUGGUGACCUGUCCAGGGUGUAGCCCGUCUCUCACCCAAUGUCAGCUGGGAUAGGCUCCAGCACCCCUGCGACCCCAAACAAGAUAAGCCGUUACAGAUGAUGAAUGAAUGAAUGUUCAAUCAGAAGUCUAAAACCAAAAGAUAUUCUGUGCAUAUUCUUUUAAAUUGGUUGAGAUGUUUUCUACAUUUGCUUGUGUUUUUGUCAUUUGCAUGUGUUUGCUAAAGUUGUACUGUAUUGAGCUUUCAGGGCACUGCAUUUUUUAAAUUUUUUUACAUGAAAAUCAGUUUAAAGAGGACCUAUCAUGCUAAUUUUCAGGUUUAAUCUUGUACUUUAAGGUGUCUACUAGAACAUGUUUAAAUGCUUUAAUGUUCAAAAAACUGUAAUUUCCCCAUCAUGUCCAUUCUGGGACUUCAGUGUUCACCCUCUGUCUGAGAAGGCUCCGUUUUAGCGCCUGUCUCUUUAAUGUUCCAUUUAUACGACAACGAUUUCAACUGAAAACAGUAAACUUUAGUUGCGUUUUGGCUGAUCGCUUGCACAACAGCGGCGUUUUAGGUGCCUGAAAACGGGUUUCAGAGUGCAAUUUUUUGGAAACGGCACCGUCUCCAUUGUCAUGUAAACUUGCAAUAUGCAGUUCCUCUGAAAACAGAGACUUUUCGCACAUGCGCAUUACGCUUCCGGUCACUAGGCAUGUGUGAGAAAGUCGACCACCACAACAACAAUGGCGGACUCCCGAGCUCUGCUUGUGCUGCUCACCCUAUUGAAUUUAUCAAUGCUUCCCCAUCAUAGUGGAGAUUUACUGUAGCAACUCCACCUCGUCGUCCGUCCAGACAAACUUUUUUCAAAACAAAAAUGAGAAACGAUUCUGUUUUCAGUGGAUCGUUUUUGUGUAAACAUGGCCUAAGCUCCCCUUCUGUCUGCUCUGAUUGGUUAGCAUUAUCAGGUCUUAACCAAAGAGGUUAAAAAGAGGAGACAUCAAGGCGUCAUUAUGUCAUACGAAUGGGGCAGACAUGCAGUGAAAUCUGGGCUGCACUUGCUGAAAGGCUUAAUAGCUGUGACACUAUCAUAGAACAUGGAUGAUUGAUUGGCUUCACUGGCCGAGUGUACCCAAAGACCACCUGAGCGGACACCAUCACUUUAUCUCUAGCGCAGUCUGCUGUAAUCCUCCAACAUCACAGCUGCAGUUACAUUGCACGUGUCACACCCCACAGCUCCCAUGGGGUCAUAGAGAGUGUCACAGCCUUCUUUGAAUAGCCUUGAUCUCGCAUUUUGACACCAUCAUUGCAGCUGGGCUAUUACUGUAACAGACAAUAGCGGCACUUUUAAUGUGAAAAAUCAUUAAUUUAAGCUUCUGAACAUGACCGGUUCCAGCAGGAAUAUGAUCUGAAAUGGGGAGAAACAUAAGCAACCAAGAAAAAAGUGCUGUAAACAGUAUUCAGACUGGUCAGAAGCCUGAGGUUUUUGCUCACAGGGAUUACUUUCACAUACAGUUUUGUUUGAAGUUUAUUUGAAACUUAAAUGCUUAAUAUAAACAUCUCUUGUUGUAACGUUCUAUAUAAGCCACAGAACACUGAAAA